AAGCCAAAUCGUAAAGGGCCGGGGGGGCAAGUAAAGAGCGACGGACGUGCGAUCCUCAAGUCCAGUUUCAAGCAUCGUUUUCUGGCUCGCCGAAUCAGAGACCAAACUUCUUUUUCCGUAGCCUGAAAAAGCAGAAAUUCAAAAAAACACCAAACUUUUUAACCAAAUAUCACCGUCAACGAUUCACAGAAAGAGGAAGGAGAAGGAAUAGAAGCAAACAGAAUGGGAGAAGGAAGAGAAGGAGAUUGGGAGUGCAGUGGGUGCAAGAACAGGAACUAUGCUUUCAGAUCCUUCUGCAAUAGGUGCAAGCAGCCUCGUCUUCUCGUUGACACCAAAACCCCUGCUGAUUCAAAAUGGCUCCCUCGCAUAGGCGAUUGGAUCUGCACCGGUUGCACUAACAACAAUUAUGCAUCAAGAGAAAAGUGCAAAAAAUGCGGGCAACCAAAGGAGGUAGCAGCAAUGCCAGCAAUUGCAAUGCCUGGAGCUUCUCUCCCAACUUAUUCACAUUAUUUUGCCAGGGCCCCUGGAGGAUUGGAACAAAAGAUGAAUAUUGGAUUUGCUGGCAAUGGUGCACUCCCGCAGCCACUUCCCUUGGCUUCAACCUGGUCUGCAGGAGGACCUGAUAAGUAUGGAGUUCAGUCAGCUUCUACUUGGCCUAUAGGUGGAAACCAGAUUUCCGGACCUCCUUAUAUAAACACUGUGAAUCAACCUCCAACAGUUCCAAAAGGAUGGCGAAAUGGUGAUUGGAUGUGUAAUUGUGGCUUCCAUAAUUACUCUUCGCGCGCACAGUGUAAAAAUUGCAAUGCUUCUGUGCCACCAGCACUUGGAACAAAGCGAUUGGCAUCUGAAGAUUUUACUCAGGACUGGGAGAACAAGAGAUUGAAUUUAGGAAAUAACAAUCAGACAAAUGAAGGACAACAAACAUAUCCAGUAUUCAACCAAGUAGUAGGGAACAGUGGUGAUCCAAGACCAGGAUCAUAUGCCACCUAUCCCAUUGUUAACUCUGGUGCAGCUCCAAAUUGGCAGGUGCCAGUGCAGUUCCCACUUCAAUUAACAACGCCUGCACUCCUUGGAAAAGGAGCAAAGCAAUGGCGUAAUGGAGAUUGGAUGUGUACAAAUUGCCAUAAUCAUAAUUAUGCAUCUCGAUCGCAGUGCAAUAGGUGUAAGACACAGAGAGAUGCUGUUGUGCAGGCAACUUCUCAGCCAAUGAAUGCCGUGUAGCUGUGAAUCGGAUGGCUUAGAUUGCUGUAGCUUCUAUUGCCCCUCGAAGUUCUCUUUCAUUUUUUGCCGGAAAGUGGAAGUCUUGAUGCAUCAUUCUAUUACAUACAUUAGUCAUUGUAGAUUAGAUUGGCUGAUAUUUGAAUACCAAAGAAUGUAUUGAAACUUGGUACUUUUGUUUGAUAGAAAAGUGUGUCAGUGUGCAUGCCAUUCCUUCUUGAGAGCUUGUUUCAUCUACAGUAUUGUAGUUGUCAAUUGGUGUAUUGAUUCAUUUAAUGUUGAUCAUUGGAGUAAUUGCCAUAAUUUUAUUCCAGUUUUAUCGGGGUAUUCUGUUUCA